AACUGAUUUAGCUGAAAAUUGGCAGGAAGGUAGUUUAGAGGCAAGAAAAGGACAUUGGAUACUUUUCAUUCCGUUCGGCUUGGAAUAACGCAACGCAAAUGACAGCUAUGUAAUUGAUUAUAAUGACAGCUUUGUAAUGAUGUAUGGAUGACAAUUUGAUAUUUGUAAGUUUUGUGAAGUGCAGUUGAAUUAAAAAUGCCGCGACCAAGACGAUCGAAUCUUUCCCGACAAAGUCGUAAUGCAAGAAGAAUGCGAAGAAUUGCAAAUAAAAGGACUGAAGAAGAAAAAGAAAUUAAACGUAAACAGAACCGGGAUCGUAUGGCUCGACUUCGUGCUUCUCAAUCACUAGAGCAAAGAGAAGAAGCCCGUGAAGCAGCUCAGUUGACAAUGCAGAAUCGUCGAACGAACAAGAGACACAGAGGUCAACAAGUUGAUAAUUUGCAACACAGAACAAGGUAUUUAUCAAGUGCUGAUUUGAAUCGAGCAGCCUUUCAAUACGAUUGCAGAAAUGAUUGCAGUUUGCAUCCUAGCGUUUGCAUUGGGGAAAUGGACAUACUUUGCCAUCAUUGUGGUGUAUUAAGUUUGUGUGCAAGAACCAACAAAAUGUCUGAAGGAGCAAACUCAAACCCAACAAUUAAAAUAGAACCUAUUGAAUAUCCUCAAGUUAAACAAGAAUUUGAAGAUUAUGAUAUAUCAGAAGAAUGUCCGGAAAACGAAGAAUUACCUCUACAGCAAUUUUUAAAAUCUGAGUUUAUGUGCGAGAACCAACAAAAGGCGAAGAUGUCUGAAAGAACAAACUCAAACCCAACAAUUAAAAUUGAACCAAUCGAAUAUCCUCAAGUUAAACAAGAAUUUGAUUAUUGUCCACAAGUCAAACAAGAAUUGGAUUAUUAUGAUAUAUCAGAAGAAUGUCUGGAAAACGAAGAAAUAUCUCUUCAGCGAUUUUUAAAAUCAGAGGUAACUAUUGAUGAAGAAAUAAAACAAGAAGCAAUUGAAAACCACGAUGAAAAACCUUAUAUAUGUAAUGAAGAAAUCGGUUUUACAAGUAAUUUAGUAAAUAAUAUGAGCGAAUCAUCUGAAACAGUUUCAGGAAAACUUGAAACAACCGAUAUCUUGAAACCCCAUAAUGUAUACAUAAGAGAAAAAUUUUUAAACCAAGAUAAAAUGAUUCACUUUCUAGAAAGUCCUCAUAAGUGCGAAAUAUGCAAUAAGAGAUUUACAAAGUUAUGGAGAUUAGAAAAACAUAUAUCAACUCACACUGAACCAGGUUCUUAUAGUUGUGAAAUAUGUAAUAGAACAUUUAAAACAACACAAAAAUUAAACCGGCAUACAAAGGCUCACACCGGAGAACGUCCUUAUGAGUGCGAAAUAUGCAAUAAGAGAUUUACACAGUCAUCAAAUUUAAACAAACAUUUAUCAACUCAUACUGGAGAACUUCCUUACAAAUGUGAGACAUGCAAUAAAACAUUCAAAUUAAAACAAGGAUUAAUCCGUCAUAAGAUAUUCCAUUCCAGAGAACGCCCUCAUAAUUGUGAGACAUGCAACAAAACAUUUAAAACAGAACAAGCAUUGAAUCAGCAUGCAACAAUUCAUGGCGGAGAAUGCAAUAAAAGAUUUUCAAGGUUAGGUAAUUUAGAAUAUCAUUUAUUACUGCAUACUAAAGAAUGCCCUUUUAGAUGUGAGGCAUGCGGCAAGAUAUUGGCAUCAAAUUAUAGAUUAAAACAACAUAGAAGAAUUCAUACCGGAGAACGUCCUUACAGUUGUAAAAUAUGCAAUAAAACAUUUAUUACAAUAGAAGCUUUGAACUACCAUGAAAUAAUCCGUACUGGAGAAGGUCCUUAUAAUUGUAAGACAUGCAACAAAAUAUUUAAAAGCAAACAAUGCUUAAAAUAUCACGAAAUGCUACAUAUUGGAAAAUGUACUUAUAUGUGCGAUACAUGCAAUAAAAUAUUUGUAACAAAACAUCAAUUAAACCAACAUAAAGUGAUUCACACUGGAGAACGUCCAUAUAAAUGUGGAAUAUGCAAUAAAACAUUUAAUGGAAAGGAUUCAUUAAAGUGGCAUGAAAGAAAUCAUACUAAAGAACGUUCUUAUAAUUGUGAAAUAUGCAAUGAAACAUUUAGAACAAUGCAAGAAUUAAGUCAACAUGAAGUGAUUCAUUCUGGAGAAAGUUAUUAUAAUUGUGAGAUAUGCAACGAAACAUUUAUAACAAAACUAGCAUUAGACCUGCAUAAAAAAUUUUACCCUGAAGAACGCCUUAUGAAGGUGAAAGAUUUAAUAAAUAUUUUGCACAACUACUGUUCAUGAGAAUAGCUUAUAAAAACAAAAAGAAGUUCACUCCCUUAUAAAUGUGGAAUAUAUAAUGAAGGAUUUAUAGAAUCAAAUGAUUUAAAACAUUUGUUUGUGAGAAUU